AUGUGUUUCUUUCAGAUUGUACCUUCCCUUAUCAAUGGAGUCAUCACAGCUAUGUACUUCAUCUUGUGGGGAAAAGGUCUUAAGUCUUGUGGGCCGCUUAGAGCUAUCUUGUCAGAGUACUCUGGUGCUGUUCAUGGAGUACUUUCUGGAGUAUUAUAUGGACGAAGAGGCCAUGUCUGGAAAAAGGUAGGUGGCCUUAUUGCAAUGCUGGUAGCUCUAUUUUUCUUGUCUCAAGGAUGGGCGACAUCAUCCCUCUCCCCGUUGUAUAUCCUUUUAUGCAAGCUCCAUCUCUUAUACCCAUAUAAUAUUACUGACAUCAAAGAGGAAGAUGUACUAACAGCAGAAGCGCUAGGGCUGCUGGGAAUGAUGAUACCAGUUUUUGCUGGAAUCUUAUCUGCAUUAAGGCUAGUUAUUGCGCGGCGUGUUUCCCUUAAGGUACUACUCUCGUAUUCUAUCUGUUACGCCAGUCCUUUUUCCACAUAUUUUGGACCAACCACUUCUGUGUUUUCACAAAACCAGCAGAAGAAACGAUUUCAUGCGAUAACCAUUACUUCUGCAACAUGUUUCUUGUUUCCUUUGGCCAUGUGGGACCUUUUCAUAGGGUCGUCUUCAGGGAAAGCUGUCCAGUUGCCAUUUUCGGCGUGGGCUUUCCUUAGCGCCAUUUUUUUCGGGAUCAUUCUAAUAUUCUAUGUUGACAACAUCGCUGAAGAGAGAUUGCAUAUGGUGUUUUCUUCCCCAAGGCAUUUAAUGAUAGCAGGAGCAUGUAUAAUAGUCAUGGAGAUUGCUUACGAGAUGGACUUUUCUCUUCCUGGUUUCAUUGUCUGCUGCUUAGUGUUAGGGUUUGGAAUAUUCGAAGCAACAUCUCUAGAACGCAGCAAGAAAGACUCUUCCAUAAAAUCAGAAGAUCAGUCAAACGGAAUCCUUGGUGAUGGCUUUGAUACUUCUCCAAUUCUUCCAAUAUAA